AAACUUAAUACCAUGAACACAGACGCUGAACUGUUCUGUUCUGCUCUCUAGCUCAAGCUCGGAAGUGCUCACUCAUCACUUCUUUACGCCUUUUAACACCCUUCUCCACUUCUAACGACAGGAGUAAGCGUUAACAGCUGACAGUACCACGGCUCAGUCCCCUGGGCGGUCACUUCUUCUCCUGUCUCUCGUCCCUGAUCCUCCGGCGCGAUGGAGAGAGUUCAACACAUCACCCGCUCGGCCAUACGCAGGGCCUCCGUCAUCGAGGUGAACCCGCAGACCAAACGCAACCUGCAGGAGCUCUUCAUCAACUUCUCGCUCAUCCUCAUCUGUCUGCUCCUCAUCUACAUCAUCGUCCUGCUGUUGUGAAUAUGGAGGACGAGCGUGGCUGAAGGAACCCGUGGCCUGGACGGAGAUUGGGACAAGAACAGGACUUUCCUCACAUUAUUGCUGGCUUUUAUUACACGGUGUGAUCAUCUUUAGAAUUUAGAUAUUUUUCUAGAUAUUUUCAUUUCUUAUCGCUACCACUACGAUAUAUAACAAUAUUUAAUGUACACCAGCCUACAUGUGUCACUCAAUCAGAGGUCCAAGUAAGUAAUAGGGCAAGUAAGUAAUAGUAGAAGUAAUAGGGCCAAAUAGCCUACAGAAAAUAAAAUUAAAGGUGCAGUUUGUCAUUUUUAAAUGUUUUUCUAAAUAUAUACCAAUUACAUCAUAUCGAAGACGAAAACAUUCACAAUUUUUUGCUAUGCAAUGGAUCUUACUCAUUUAUUUGUGUCUAGUUUCUGUUUAUGUUUUUCUGGCCCGGAAAUUCCCACUAACCUCUCCAAAGAGCUGCUUAAAAGGCAACUCAUGAGGCACGUGUGCAGACAGAGAGUGGGCGAGGAGAAAGACAAGGCUGGUCAAUGUUUUAAUCACGCUUGCAAUCUCUUCUCAACCAGCAGAGGGCGCUAAAUGUUACAAACAAUUUUGACAAGCUGAACACACAAAAUCAAACAUUUUGGCUUCCCCAAACAAUGUGUCCUGAUUUACUUUCGUUUCCUACUUUGUAAAUAAAGUACGUACAAAUAAUAAAUUCA